UGCGAGUGCAGCUUAUGCGGCCCAAACAGCCUAUUGCGCCCGUUGCGUAAACGGUUUACACACGUCGAACCACUCUCCGCGAAGUGCGCGCAUCGAUGGUGGCGUAACUGCAGUGCAGGUGCCAGCUGCUGCAGCAGGCAUUGGGCAGCCCCGCCUGCCCCCGCCGGCGUCGCCGCAUCGAUGGGGGUGCCCGCCAACGCUCUCAUGGUAGCGACCCUCGCCGCCGCGCGGCCGGUCACCGACGUGGCGAGCUGCCGCGCGCAUGUCUUGCGGAACCUCGCCGCCGCCGGCAACGUAGAAGACGGGCAGUGGGCGACGCUCGUGUGCGCGCCCGAGCACCUGCCGCCGGCGGCGGCGGCGACCCCCGCAAAUCCGCCCGCCGAAGUAUUUGAAGGCCUCAUGUGUCCUCGCGAAGGCGCGGCGCCGGACGCCGCGCCGCCCGCCGCGCGGGAGAUGGCCGUCACGCUCGGAAAGUUCUUCUUCAACGCGGCGACGCACCCCAAGUACGCCGCGGCGCGGCGCUUCGACUACGCGGGCUGGCGGUUUCUGCCCGAGACCUGCGGGGCGGAGGGCUGGUUCCGCGCGGCGUCCUGCGCGAGCGAGGCGUCGCUACCGCAAAACUGGCAGCCGCCGCUGUUGUGGUGGACGGCCGCGGCGGUCCGCACGCGCCUGAGGUUACUCGGGCCCUGCGCGGAACGGCAACGGAACGCGCUCCUGGCGACGCGCGCGCGGGUCGCGGGGCCGGCGGCGUCGCCGGCGUGCGUCGCGGUCCACAUCCGGCGGGGCGACGCGUGCCAGGUCUUCGGCGGCGCGCCCGUCGAGGACAAGAGAAGGUGCUUCCCGACGCGCGCGUACGUCGCGGCGGCCCGGCGGCUCGCGCGUCGCUACGGCCUCGGGACGGUCCGCGUCGCCUCGGACUCGCCGGCCGCGAUUCGGGAGUUCACGGCGACGAUGGGCGGCGGCGUCGCCGUGGAGGCGCUGCGCUUCGACCGGCGCGCGGUCGGCGGCCCGGAGAACGCCACGCUCGGCCUUACCUUCGCGGCGGCCCAAGCAAAGUUUAUUGAAACACGGCCCGACGCGCCCGACGCCGCGCUGGCGGCCGCGUCGCUCCUCGCGGACCUCGAGCACCUCGCGUCGUGCGACGCGUUCGUGGGCACGUGGGAGGCGACGCUGUCGCGGCUCGCCAUCCUGAACCUGGCCGCGCGCGCCGGGUCGCUGCCGCCGUUCAUCUGGCUGGACGCGCCGAACGACCGGCGGGCCUGGGGGCCGCGGCGCGGGCGGCUCCGGCUGCCGUAGGUUAAACGUAUCAUGUUACUUACAAUAGCCGAUAGGGAUUCGGACGCCGAAGGGGAUUCGGAAACGAAAAGCGCCAGGCGCAUAACUAA